UCAGUUUCCCUCUGAUAAUCAGGGCAAGGCAGGGCUCAGUCUCCUAGGACAGGGCUGGCGCUGAGCCAGGAGGAUGCCCUGCCCCAAGAUGCCCUGGGGACACACAUGACUCAGACACCAACAGUCCCUGUCCCUGGGGGAGAUGCGGAACACUACGGCAGUGACAGUUCUAGAGGUGACCAGAGGCGGGAUGGGGGACAUCCCAGCUACUCAGGAAGCCCCUAGGAGGCGAAGGAUCCAGACGGGCCGGUCUGGGAAGUACAGAAUGAGACCUGAAGGGUGAGGAACCUACCUAUCUGGGAGGGGAGGCUGUUGUGGAUGGGGGGUGGGGACAUCUGGGCAAGCUAGGAGAUUGCUGGAGCGCUGGGGGCGUGGGGGGUGAAGAGCUGCCGGGGUGAUGGAGGCAGCUGCCGGUCGCCCGGGCACAAUUUGUACAGAUUACAGUGGGGACCAGGGUCCCCGGUUACAGUGCCAGGCUCAAGUUCCCAGACUAGCCAGGUGUGGUAGCACAGCCCCGUCAUCCUAGCCACUCCAGGAGGCCGAGGCAGGAGAAUCAUGAGUUCAAGGCCAGCCUGGUCUACAUAGUGAGACCCUGACUCAAAAGAUGGACUGUGGGAAGGUUAGGUUGAUGUGAGCCACCACACUUGCAGCCCCAAGGCCAGACCACAGACACCCACUGCUGGGAUGAAAGGCAUGUGCUACCACACCAGGCCAGAUCUGUUGUUAAGAGGCUCUAUGCUCAUGGAAAGAGGCUGUGAGAUGAUGUCGCACAUAUACCCCUCGGCCCCGUGGGGUCAGUGAACAUGGAUUGAACACGGUUGGGCCGCGCUCGAGGGAGCAGGUGGGCCAGGAGGGGCAGCCACGGCUUCCUCACUGUGGCUGGAGGCAUCUCGGGCCCGUGAUGUCCCCCACCCCGGGUGGCCAGCUGUGAAUGGGGGAUGUAGGCUGAGUGAGUGGUGAGAGAUCCUCCACUAAGCUCCACCCCAGCCUCUGGUUUUUUCCCAAGACGAGGCCUUGCUAGCACCCCAGGCUGUGCUGGAACUCAGCAAUCCUUCUGCUUCCGCCUCCCAGGCAUGGGAUUACUGGCCUAGCAGGCCUCUAGAUCCCCGAGGGCCGAGUUGGCGGCCCUGGGAAGCACAGCGGGUGAGGGUGAUUGUGACUUAGGACUCUCUCUUCAAUCCCACAGCCCCACCAGCAUGGAUGAUGUUCACCUUGGGGGAGACCUGGAGGAUAAAGACACAGCGUUCACCUGGGAGGUGAGGGCCAACAACCGCGCCUACCACAAGCAGGUCAGGAAGAAGGGCUUCCUGUGCUGGAGACAGAAGAAGUACAAGAGCAACGCCAUCCACACAGCCAAGUACAACGUCUUCUCCUUUCUGCCUCUGAACCUGUUUGAGCAGUUCCACCGGACGUCCAAUCUGUACUUCCUUAUCAUCAUCAUCCUGCAGAGCAUCCCUGAGAUCUCCACGCUGCCCUGGUUCACGCUCUUCGCACCUCUCGUCUGCCUCCUUGUGAUCCGAGCCACCCGCGACCUGGUGGAUGACAUUGGUCGACACAGGAGCGAUAAGAUCAUCAACAACAGGCCCUGCCAGAUCCUGAGAGGGAAGAGUUUCCUGUGGAAGAAAUGGAAGAAUCUGUGUGUGGGGGAUGUGGUGUGUCUCAGCAAGGACAGCAUCGUCCCGGCUGACUUGCUCCUGCUGGCCAGCACAGAGCCCAGUAGCCUAUGCUACGUGGAAACUGCAGAUAUUGAUGGAGAGACCAACUUGAAGUUCAGACAGGCUCUGACGGUCACGCACCAUGAGCUGACAAGCCCGAAGAAGAUGGCUUCCUUCCAGGGUACAGUGACGUGUGAGGAGCCCAACAGCCGGAUGCAUGACUUUGUGGGGAGCCUGGAGUGGAACAGCAGGAAGUACCCACUGGACAUCGGAAACCUCCUCCUGCGUGGCUGCAAGAUCCGCAACACAGACACCUGCUACGGCCUGGUCAUCUACGCUGGUUUAGACACAAAGAUCAUGAAGAACUGUGGAAAGAUUCAUCUGAAGAGGACCAAGCUGGACCUGCUGAUGAACAAGCUGGUGGUCCUGAUCUUCGUGUCCCUGGUGAUCGGCUCCCUGCUGCUAGCACUGGGCUUCACCUUCACGGUGAAAGAAUUCAAAGGCAAACACUACUACGUGUCGGCGCUGCACCAGCGCACGGAGGCCAUGGAGGUUUUCUUCAUUUUCUGGGGCUUCCUCAUCCUGCUCAGCGUCAUGGUGCCCAUGGCCAUGUUCAUCAUUGCCGAGUUCAUCUACCUGGGGAACAGCUUCUUCAUCAACUGGGACCUCAACAUGUACUACGAGCCCCUGGACAUGCCCGCCAAGGCCCGCAGCACCAGCCUCAACGACCAGCUGGGUCAGGUGCAGUACAUCUUCUCAGACAAGACCGGGACUCUGACACAGAACAUCAUGACCUUCAAGAAGUGCUGUAUCAACGGCCACGUCUACGAUUCAGAUGAUGAGCAUGGUACUCUCCGAAAGCGGAACCCCUAUGCCUGGAACCUGUUCGCCGACGGCAAACUCCAGUUCUACAAUAAGGAGCUGGAGUCCCUGGUGCGAGGCCAGCAGGACAGGGCAGUGCAGGAGUUCUGGCGUCUGCUGGCCAUCUGCCACACCGUGAUGGUCCAGGAGAAAGACAAUCAGCUGCUGUAUCAGGCGGCCUCCCCUGAUGAAGAAGCACUGGUUACCGCUGCCAGGAACUUUGGAUACGUGUUUUUGUCUCGGACCCAGGACACCAUCACCCUGGUGGAGCUGGGGGAGGAACGGGUCUACCAGGUUCUGGCCAUGAUGGAUUUCAACAGCGUUCGAAAGCGGAUGUCAGUGCUGGUCCGAAACCCAGAGGGUUCCAUCUGCCUCUACACCAAGGGUGCAGACACAGUCAUCUUGGAGCGUCUUCACAAGAAGGGUGUCAUGGAGGCCACCACAGAGGAAGUCUUGGCUGCCUUCGCGGAGCAGACCCUGCGCACCCUGUGCCUGGCCUACAAGGAGGUGGCGGAGGAUGCCUAUAAACAAUGGGAACCUGAGCACCAGGAGGCCGCCCUCUUGCUGCAGAACCGUGCGCAGGCCCUGCACCAGGUGUACAACAAGAUGGAACAGAACCUCCAGCUGCUGGGAGCCACAGCCAUUGAAGACAAGCUGCAGGACGGCGUGCCUGAGACCAUCAACUGCCUCAAGAAGGGGAACAUUAAAAUGUGGGUGCUGACCGGGGACAAGCCAGAGACUGCGGUGAACAUCGGCUUCGCGUGCAAGCUGCUGUCGGAGAACAUGAUCAUUAUGGAAGAUAAGGACAUCAAGCGUUUACUGGACAACUAUUGGAACGAAAGCGAACAGCACAGGUCGUUCAAGAUGAUGACCCACCACAACAUGGCCUUGAUCAUCAAUGGGGAGUUCCUGGAUCAGUUGCUCCUGUCCUUGCGCAAGGAGCCCCGAGCUCUGGUCCAGAAUGCGGUGGUGGAUGAGGUCGACCAGGAGCCGGUGAUGUCUAGGAUGGACUUUCUCCAGGCGCGGAGGAUCUCCCAGAUGUUUCGAAACUUUGGGUCCUCCCUGGCACCAUCCCCGUCAGUCACCCCCAAGACUGGCGAGAGCCUCGAAGAGCGGCGGGAGAGGGCCUUUGUAGACCUGGCCUCCAAAUGCCAGGCUGUCAUCUGCUGCAGGGUGACACCCAAGCAGAAGGCCCUGGUGGUGGCGUUGGUGAAGAAAUACCAGCAGGUGGUGACGCUGGCCAUCGGAGAUGGAGCCAACGAUGUGAACAUGAUCAAGACUGCAGACAUCGGCGUGGGCCUCGCGGGUCAGGAGGGCAUGCAGGCCGUUCAGAACAGCGACUACGUGCUGGCCCAGUUCUGCUACCUGCAGCGGCUGCUCCUUGUGCAUGGACGCUGGUCCUACAUGCGCGUCUGCAAGUUCCUGCGUUACUUUUUCUACAAGACGGUGGCGAGCAUGAUGGCCCAGAUUUGGUUCUCCUUGUUCAACGGCUUCACCGCACAGCCCCUGUAUGAAGGCUGGUUCCUGGCUCUCUUUAACCUGAUGUACUCCACGCUCCCAGUCCUGUACAUCGGUCUGUUUGAGCAGGACGUGACUGCUGAGAAGAGCCUAAAGAUGCCCAAGUUGUACGUGGCUGGCCAGAAAGAUGAGCUGUUCAACUACAGCAUCUUCCUGCAAGCCAUUGUCCACGGCGCCCUCACAUCUAUCAUCAACUUCUUCGUACCGGUGCUGGUCAGCCAUGACAUCUCCAAGUCUGGCAGUUCCAGUGACUACCAGUCCCUUGGGGUACUGGUGGCAAUAUCUGGGCUGCUUUCUAUCACCAUGGAGGUUAUUCUUGUCAUUAAGUACUGGACACUCCUGUGUGUGGGCAGCAUCGUGCUCAGCCUCGCCUCCUACGUCCUCAUGACAAGCUUCACCCAGAGCAUGUGGUUGUACAAGAUUUCACCAAAGACCUUCCCAUUUUUGUUCGCUGACUACAAUGUGCUCAGCCAGCCUGCCAACCUGCUGGUGAUCAUGCUCAAUGUGACCCUGAAUACGCUACCAGUCCUGGCCUUUCGUGUGAUCCGCAAAACUGUUUUGAAACUGCGGCUUAAGGAGGAGGAGGAGGAGGAGGAGGAGGAGGAGAUCCCGAGUGAGGAAGUGGCUGUGGAGCCGGCCGUGAGGCACCUUCGCCGGGGCACCGCCGCCCGCAGAUCCAGCUACGCCUUCUCCCACCGUGAGGGCUACGCAGACCUGAUCACCCAGGGCACCAUCCUGCGCAGGCCCACGGCAGAAUGUGGUGGGGACACGGUCUGGGAGUCCCCGAACCCAUCUGAAGAGAACCUGUCCUUCAACCACAGAGAGUCAAUAUUUAAUCCGCGGAAGAUCUCCAUCCUGGCUAAGAAGAAACUCCACCACUAUGGAAAGAGGUCCCAGCCGGAGGAGACCCUAGCGAGCUCCCAGAUGGAGAAGCAGGACCUUGUGAACCUGGACACCCGGCCCAUUGACACUGGGAAGCCGCCCACCAUCACAAGCGCCACGUCGGGGUCACUCCAGGUGUCUUCGUCCGAUGACCAAGCCUUCCACAGUGUGCCUUCAGAGUACACCCUGGCCAGCCGGCCGGAGCGCUUGGAUGUCAGGACCUCUUCUUGGAGGAGGCCUCCUUGGAAGGGCUCAGCCUCUUCGAAGAGCCAGCUGUAAGUCCCCACGAAGUAA